CAUGCAAACUUGUGACCUAAGCUGAGGCACCUUCCUGAUCCACCACCUUCCUCCUUCCCUCCAGGGGUUUUUGCCUCUUGGAUGGAGCCAUUGGGGGCUGCAGAUCUCUUCCCAGAGGUUGCAACAAUGCCAAAGGUGCAAGGAGUGGCCCAGGAACUCCAGGCAGAAAUAAAAAUGGAGGAGCAGGACCCAACAGAACCAGGAUCCCGGGAGAAGCUGGAGGCAGGCGAAAGGGAUCCUCAGGUUGUCCAAGUCGGGACCAUCAAGGAGUUCCUGACCGGCGAAGGCCCAGCACAAGUGAAGCAGGAGCCAGAGGAAGGUUUGCAGCAACAUUGGGAAAACCAGCAGCAGGAGUUCCUGAAGACAGUGGAAUUCCCUUGCUCAGGAUGGAAGCACCUCAGGCUACCUGAGCCCAUCUCUGAGGCAGACACGAAGGAGUUCCAGGCCUCCUUCAAGGAAAUAGCUGGGGCCAGCCAGUGGCCGAAAGCAGACUGGGCAACUGCAGCUGUGCUGGGCCUCCGGGGAGCUCAGAAACCGAGCAGAGGGCUGGAUUCUUCAGGGAAAGGGAAGGACAAGACAGCGAGCAAAGACGCCGCCGACUCAGAGACGCAACGCCAGUGCUUCCGGCGCUUCUGCUAUGAGGAGGCUGAGGGGCCCCGGGAUGUUUGCAAGCAGCUGUGGAAGCUUUGCCACCAAUGGCUGAAGCCAGAGAAACGCUCCAAGGACCAGAUCCUGGAAGUGCUGAUUCUGGAGCAGUUCCUGAGCAUCUUGCCUCUGGAAAUGCAGAGCUGGGUGGGCGAACAAGGCCCGGAGACCUGCAGCAAGGCAGUCGUCCUGGCAGAAGAUUUCCUCCUGAAGCUGCAAGAGUCGGAAGGGUGGGAAGGAAAGGAGUCAGGGUUGUCAAUAAACUCAUUUGUCAGCAGCCCUAAUUCAGAACAGGACUCCUGGGCCCCUGGGAAGAUGCAGCUCUCCAUGGAAGCCAAGCAGGAGGGUGAUGGAGAAUCCCAUUUCUUCGGUGAUGGGCAAGAACAGGAGAAUGAAGAGGAGACAUUCCAGCUGGAAAGACCUGAGCAGACAGACCUCUGUGGAAUAUCCCUGGGAAGAGCCAAAGGAGAUUUCUUCCAGGGGCUUGACAUGGGGCUGAUGCCAGGAAGUCCCCCGGCGCCGGGAGGUCCUUGGGAAAACCCUCCUGGGAAGGCAGCCAAACAGGCUUAUCAUUACGAUGCAGUGGGCGCCGGGUUAGAUGAAAGUCCCUUCCAGGAGGAGAUCAUUAAGUUGAAGAUAAAGAAAGAGCAGUCCGAGGACAGGAGCUUCAGCCAGGCCGAGAAGCCAUACAAAUGCUUGUAUUGCGGGAAGACUUCUAACUGCAAGGCCAACCUGGUCGUGCACGAGAGGACCCACACUGGAGAAAAGCCGUACACGUGCCUGGACUGCGGCAAGAGCUUCAACCGGAAGUCCACGCUGGUGAGGCACAAGAGAAUGCACACAGGAGAAAAGCCCUAUGAGUGUGCACAAUGCGGGAGGCGCUUCAGCAUCCGGUGCAACCUCAUCAAUCACGAGAGAAUCCACACGGGCGAAAAGCCGUACAGCUGCUCCGACUGCGGGCAGAGCUUCAGCCGGAGACUGCAGCUCGUCAUCCACCGGAGGACCCACACGGGCGAGACCCCCUAUAGGUGCGCCCAGUGUGGGAAGUGCUUCACUCGGCGCUCGUCCCUCCUGACACAUGAGAGGAUCCACACGGGAGAGAAACCAAACACGUGCGCGGAUUGUGGCAAAAGCUUCAUUCAGAAAGGGUACCUUCUGAUACACAGGAGAAUCCACACAGGAGAGAGACCCUAUAAAUGUUCGUCGUGCGAGCAGAGGUUUCUUAAUCGAAGUGAUCUGCGUAGACACGAGAAAAUCCACGUGGGAGCCAACCCCCUGGAUGUUAAGAGUUGUCAGACAGGAUGAGGCCUUGGCGAUGGCCACACUUCAGCAAUGUGAUUCCCUCAAAGUACAAAUGCAGAAUUUAAUUUUUUAAAAGAAUGUUUCCCUUAAAAAUAAAGAAAACCAUAGAACUGUCACUUGAAAAUUA